AUGGAUGAACUUGAUGAGUUGCUGCAAGAACUGGAACUAAGCACUGCUUAUCCAGAAAGCAAAGAAAAUAAACCUACGGAAAACCUUCCAGGACUCACUGAAAAUGUGAGCACCUCAAGUUCUUCACAUGUCUACAGUGCACUUCCUGCUCCUGUGGCUGCAACGCACAGAGUCAUUUCCCCAACGGAAGAACUGGAAUCCAUCUUGGGAGAUCUUUUGGGUUUGGCAGAUCAGCAUCAAGAACCCCAGGAAAGCCCUCCUACGCUAGCACCAAAAUUGUCUGUAAAAAGAAAAGAAGAACCAGCAAAAGAAGAAAACACACCUGUUCAACCAGCUCUGUCUAACAAAACAAACGCAAUAGACGAGCUCCUGGGAGGCCUGAGCUUGGACUUGGAGAAAAUUGGUGUAAAGACCGCAGCAAAAGGCCACUGUGCAUCCUGUCAAAAAGUCAUAGUUGGAAAGAUCAUCACCGCUCUGGGACAAACUUGGCACCCGGAGCACUUUGUCUGUUCUGUGUGUAAGACAGAGCUCAGCACGACUGGGUUCUUUGAAAGAGAUGAACGAGCAUAUUGUGCCAAAGAUUAUCAUGAACUGUUCUCUCCUCGCUGUGCUUACUGCAAAGGGCCCAUUCUGCAGAACAUCUUGACUGCGCUGGAUCAGACGUGGCAUCCUGAGCACUUCUUUUGCUCACAUUGUGGAGAUAUUUUUGGAACUGAAGGUUUCCUAGAGAAGGAGGGGAAGCCGUAUUGCAGCAAAGAUUUUUACCGCCUCUUUGCUCCAAAGUGCUCUGGCUGUGGAAGGGCGGUGAGGGAGGACUACCUGACUGCGGCCAAUGGGACCUGGCAUCAUGAGUGCUUUGUCUGUGCCGACUGUCUUGCUCCGUUCUCAGAUGGGUACUUCUUAGAGCUGGAGGGGCGCGUCUUGUGCCCGCUGCAUUUCCACUCUCGACAGGGCACUCUGUGUGAGGCCUGUGGGGAGCCCAUCACCGGUCGCUGCAUUUCAGCCAUGUCCCGCAAGUUUCACCCGGAGCACUUUGUGUGUGCCUUCUGCCUGUGUCAGCUCAGCCAGGGAGUCUUUAAAGACCAGAAGGGCAAACCUUACUGCAACAGUUGCUUUGAUAAGCUCUUUGUGUGA